AUGAAGGACCUUGACAAUCAGACUAAGGAGUCUGGAUUGUAUCUUAUAGGGACAGGAGGACCAUUGAAAGAUAUCGAGCAAACCGCAUGCCCAGCACCUUCUAUUGUCCUGCCUGGAGAUGGGGAUGCCAUCACGCCAGAUGUAGAGAAUGAUAAAAAUCUGGUGAGCAGACCACGCAGCCCUCGUCACAGGCUUUCUAACCGACACAUGAAGGCUUCCCUUACAUCCCUGACAUCUGUGGACAACGCAGGCCAUAUCAUCCAUCUGGUGAACGACCAACUGCCAGACAUCAAAAUCUCAGAGGAAGAUAAGAAGAGGAACCUUGAGCUCCUUGAAGAAGCUAAGAAAGUGAGCGAGCGUUUCCUGACCAGGAGAGGCAGAAAGUCCAGGAGCAGCCUGCCGGAUUCCCCUUCAGCCAUUUCCCCAAACCCCAGUCCUGGGGCUUCUCCUGCAGUGUCCCGGAGCAAUUCUCUCAGCAGCCCACCCUCACCACCAGGUCCUGAAGUGUGUGCUGCCCCUCUCCCUGGGCCAGGAUCUCCACUACAGAAAGGAGAUGAACCAUCAUUCCACCUUGACCUACCUAAUGCCACCAAGGGGCUGACAGACCGGAAGCAGAAUGACCAGAGGAAGGUGUCUCAGGGACGACUGGCUCCUCGCUCCCCCAGCGCCGAGAAAUCCAAAGAGACAUUAUCUGAACAAAAAGAGAAUUUUGAUCCCCUUAAACACGUAGAGUGCAGUUCGCCCAAGGUCCUGGCGUCUGGCAGCGGCGGCGGAGGGAAGAUGUCCCUCAACAGUCCGCCAAGCGCUGGAGAAAAAGACCCAGGCAAGCAGCUCCUUAAGAAGUCCAAGGAAGGUGACCAUGUCCUCAAAGGCCAACUCCAGGGCCCAGGGCCAGCCCCCCAGGGGCCGCAGGGCAAAGGGCCAGCCUGGGAGCCGCCAAACUCCAAGCCCCCCUCAAAAGCGGACCUCAAACCUCCCGGAUUCCGGCCCCCUCUCCAGCGGGGGAUGUCCUGGGACAGUGGCCCCGCGGAGCCGGGGCCGAAGGACAAGGCCAUCGCCAAACUGACAGCCGCGGAGGAAGAGAAACGUUUUCCCGGCAAAGCUGCCAACAAGCUCCCCAAAGCGCCAGGAUUUAAGGACUUCCAGAUCCAGGUUCAACCUGUGCGCAUGCAGAAGCUGACCAAGCUCCGCGAGGAACACAUCCUGAUGAGGAGUCAGAACCUGGUUGGCCUGAAACUUCCAGAUCUCAGUGAAGCUGCAGAACAAGAGAGAGGGCACCCCUCUGAGCUGCCCCCCAGCAUUGAAGAGGAAGAGUCCAAGAGUGGCUGUGACGUCAUGCCCAACAUCUCCGAUGUGUUGCUACAUAAAUUACGAGUUCAUAAGGCUCUUCCUGGCAGUGCUCCUCCACUUACUGAAAAGGAAGUCGAGAAUGUGUUUGUACAACUGUCCUUGGCCUUUCGAAAUGAUAGCUACACCCUGGAGGCGAGAAUUAGCCAAGCUGAGAGGGAAAGGAACAUGACAGAAGAGAAUACUGAGAAAGAGCUGAACAACUUUAAAGCUUCUAUCACGUCCUCAGCAUCCCUCUGGCAAACCUGUGAACACCGAGAGACCUACGAGAAGUUGUUGGAAGACAUCGCUGUGCUGCAUCGCUUGGCCGCUCGCCUCUCCAGCAGGGCUGAAAUGGUUGGGGCAGUCCGCCAGGAAAAACGGAUGUCAAAGGCUGCAGAAGUGAUGAUGCAGUAUGUAGAGAAUCUGAAGAGAACGUAUGAGAAGGACCAUGCGGAGCUCAUGGAGUUUAAGAAACUAGCAAACCAGAAUUCAAGUCGAAGCUACGGCCCUUCUGAGGAUGGAGUCCCUCGAGCUACCAGGUCCAUGUCUCUCACCCUGGGAAAGAACAUGCCCCGUCGGAGAGUCAGUGUGGCUGUGGUUCCCAAAUUUAAUGCUCUGAACAUUCCUGGCCAGUCUUCCAGCACCUCACCAAUCCCAACCCUACCAGCCCUGGCUGAAUCAACAAAUGGGAAAGGAAACCCCUCAACUUCCCUGGCUCCAUCUGCACUCUUAGAGAAUGGGAAGUCCAAUGGGGACCAAGACUGUGAGGGUCCUACCCCCAGCGCUCCACCUGCCCUGACGCAGAGUGGUUUUGAGGAGAUAAGCCAAGAGAUCAAGGCCAAGAUUGAGGAGGAGGCAUAUAACAAAGGGUAUCAAGAAGGGCUAAAGAAAACCAAAGAACUUCAAGAACUGAAGGAAGAAGAAGAAGAGAAGACAAAUGAAAGCCUUGAAGGGCCAGAAAGUGAGGAUGAGGAAAAGGAGUUAAAAAGCAGCAAACUUGAAGCCUUGAUUCAGUUUUUACAAAUACUCUACCCCAAGCUGUGCCAACAUUGGAACGUGAUCUGGAUGGUGGCCGCAGCCAUUCUUGUUUUCACGGUCGUGUUGGGUCUGUACAACUCCUAUCACUCUUGUGCCGAACUGUCGGAGGGGACAUCUGGAAAAGCCACUUGUUCCGCCUCCCAGCGGGACACCUGGUGGAGCUCAGGACUACAACAGGAGCAGCCCACAGAGCAGUAGAGGAUGCCUGGA